UAGACACAAAAUCACCUAAGAUGGCCGAAUUGAAGGUCGAGAAACAUAAACACAGUGCUCAGGAGAAGAAGGAACGAGGAGAGGCCUCGUGCUCUGGAGACAUCCGCUGACCACGAUUCAGUAUUUUUCUCUGGAGAGUGUGUGCCUUUACAAGCUCUCACAAUAAGAUUAUGGAAAAGGAAGAGAACUGUGCUGUUGGUAGUUACAGCUUUUCUGCUGUUUUGGGCUGCAUACUACAUAAAAGGACCUCAUCAGCCGCUGGUGGCCAGCAUGGAGAAGAACCUGGCCUGGUGGGGCUACUGGGUGGGGCUGGGCAUUCUCUCCUCAGUGGGGCUGGGUACAGGACUUCACACCUUCCUGCUCUACCUGGGACCUCAUAUUGCCUCAGUGACAUUAGCAGCAUAUGAAUGUAUGUCUGUCAACUUCCCUGAACCCCCCUACCCUAAAGAGAUUCUGUGCCCUCCGGGAGAGAGCUCAGCGAUAUCAUUGUGGACGAUCAUGAGUAAAGUCCGCAUGGAGGCCAUCAUGUGGGGAGCAGGAACGGCAAUAGGCGAACUGCCCCCGUACUUCAUGGCGCGGGCAGCACGGCUGUCAGGGCAGGAGAUCGAGGAUGAGGAACUAGAAGAACUGGAGGAUCUGAUUAUUGAGAGGAAGCAGCACCCAGAGGAACUAAGUCUGCCGGAGAAGUUGAAACUAGGAGUCCAUAAUCUAGUACAGAGGGUUGGAUUCUUUGGAAUAUUGGCUUGUGCCUCAAUUCCCAAUCCGCUGUUUGACCUGGCAGGCAUAACAUGUGGUCACUUCCUCGUGCCGUUCUGGACAUUCUUUGGGGCGACGCUCAUUGGGAAGGCUAUAAUUAAGAUGCAUAUACAGAAAUUAUUUGUAAUUUUCAUAUUUAGUGAAAAACAUGUGGAAAAUGUAGUCAACCUAAUAGGUCAUAUACCCAAAUUUGGCAAGUCAUUACAGACGCCAUUCAAGGAGUGGCUAAAACUUCAGAAAUCUAAACUACAUGAUGCAGGGAAAACAGUGGAGGCGGGGGGUAACUUCCUCUCCUGGAUAUUCGAGAAGGUGGUCAUACUUAUGGUUGUCUAUUUCGUCUUGUCAAUCAUCAACUCUAUGGCGCAGAGCUAUCAUCGGCGACUAUCUAAGGCACGCCAAGAGAAACCUUGAAAAUCUCCAGCCAAGCAACCUCAAACAAGAAACCUCUCCCAACAUUCCCAAUCCAACAACCAACCAGCAUUUUUCUAUUUAUCGCUUGAUAAUUAUUUCUGACCUGCAAUGAUUUUGUCAUUGUAUAUUCUUCUCUUCUUUAUUUUCAAAGUUUAACUUUCCUAACUCUUUGGCAGUGUGUGAAGAUAUUUAUGAAUUAUCAGUCAUUUAGUUUAUUUCACGAUUGUUUUCUUACAUUCCCAUAAAACCUGUUAGAUUAUAGUAUGAAGCAUGGGUAUAUAAAGCUAUAGUACAUGGUCGUAUUUGAUGUAUGACUUGUCAGAGGAUCGCCCGUGGCUAAGUUACCUUCUUUGCCUGAUUCUCCUAAGUUUGUUGCCCAUAGAAAGGUGUUUUGAGGUUGGGUGUCGACGGUAAGGUAAUAUUGUACUGGGGAAGAAAGUUUUAGCACCAAAAGUAAUAUUUUAUGAACUUCAUUUGCCUUUAAAUUUAACUUUUUGGAUUGAAUGUUUAGUUCUGAUACAGCACCUAGUGGAAUCUAAGCUGGGUGGAUUGUGUCCUUUUUCAAAUUAGAACAACGUGUUACAGCACACAACACAUAAAUGACAUACCUUAAAUGACUGUAAAUUUCGUCCAUGACUAACUGGCCCAUUUGUCCUGAUUCUGAGAGUUCUGUUGAGUUCAGAAUGGUGACUUGAGGUUUGCUUGGAACAUGGGAUAAUAUUCUACUGGAAAAUUGUAAGUUACAGCCCCAAACACAAUAUUUUGUGACAUUUAUUUGCCUCUGAAAAUGCACUUUGGUGGACAAAAUUUUAGGUCAUUUAGGGUAGAUGUACGUGUAGAUGUACAUGUAUGCGUAAAUGUACGUGUACAUGUACGUGUGGAUGCUGUGUGAACUAGUCAUACGUAUAAUCUUUAAAACAAAGUUAGGUGUACCUUCGUGCUUGCAACAUUUAGGUGUACCUUCAUGCUUUCAACAAUAAGGUGUACAUUCAUGCUUGCAACAUCCAGGUGUACCUCCAUGCUUGCAACAUUUACAUGUCAGCUUGGAUCAUGUAUCAUGUGACGCUUGCAACAUGUACAUGUAGGUUUACGUCUGCCCCCAUAAAUGCAACAUUUAUGUAUACCUCCAUACCUGCAACAUUUACCUGUAGGUUUGCGUGUACCUUCAUGCUAGCAGCUACAUUCAAAUCAUAUCUUUGCUAGUAACAAUCCAGUGUUACACAUGGAUUCUACUAUGAUUCCGCAAGCAUGGCAUUUGCUUUUUAUUGUUUUUUUUUUGUUUUUUUUAAUUUUAUUGAAAUACUUAUGUUUAUCCUAGACAAAAGAAAAUAGAAAGGAAAGAAGCUCCAAGUUUCCUAUCCAGUGGAGUGGUUAGCAGCAUGCUGGCUUAGAUUUCACUUCACAGGACAGUGUAAUGGGGAUACCAGUUCUGUCCCAUUUGUUCAGCUAAUUUCUGAAACUUUGUAGAAAGGCAUUGUCUGGGUGAUCAUAUUAUAAUAUACAUGAGAAUGAAAUUCUUUUUGCUGUAAUUAUGUGUAAAGAUAUUCAGAAAAAAGUACUUUGUUGCUAUGGAGAUUAACGGCUAAUUGACUACCUGUAUGUAAGGUAUGGAGAAAAUGGAUAUUUACGUAAAAUUUGCUUUUUUGCAACAUUUUUGAUGUUUGUUACAAAAAUCGUUUGUUGUAUUGAAAUUCAAGUUGUGUCAGUUCUGAACUGUAGUCAACUUUCCACGUGGGCAUCUCCAGGGUUGGGCGAACGUCGAUUGAUUUGGCCAGUUUGCAUAUAAGACUCUCGUGUGUUGGGUUUUUCCUUAGUUGCCAAUUAUGGGGUGCCACAGGACGAUACCUUAUCCAGUGUACAACCACAUUGGCCAAAUGGUAAAAUCUGCCUUGGGGUUGUUGGCAGGGAAAUUUCUCUAAGCAUGACAGCUUAUGUAAGCCUUUUGCCCACGUGUUACAAACUGGUAACCACAGAAAAUGGUUAAAGGGAAACUGACUUGUGUGUCGAGUAUAAGGCUUUAUGUGUACCAAAUUCUCUCUGUUGCAUUUGUACAAGUUGUAUUUGCGCAAGUUGCAUUUGUACAAUUGGAUGAUAUUGAUUUAUAACUUACGGUUUCUCAGUCGAAAUAAAUAUGCAAAUAUCAACCUAUAUAUAUAUAAU